GCAGAUCUGGCAACCCUGAUUCAUGGUUUCCAUUUGACUCAUCUCGGGCGAGGAAAGUUGACUCAACUUGAGUAAAGAGAAAGAGAGUUACUAUCCAUGUGCUUAUCACUAUUGGACUAUUACGGCUCGGUUUUUUAAUUUAUAUUUUAUUUAUCUUUCUCCUGGUCGCCAUGCAGGGAACUCUGGGUAAUAUAAGAGCUUCAGAACAACAACAACAGCUGGAGCAGAGAUGAAUUAAGCCCUAUUAUCUUCUUGGGUUCUCCGCAUGUUCUCGUCCACGAUGCUGAGGUUCUGUUUGCAGAGAACCCUGAGCCCGUGCGUGCGAGGAGCACAGAAACGCUGGCUCGGCACACACAAGCACAAAGAGAAGCUCGAAAUGCUAAACACUCCGAAAGGAGCGAAAGACUUUAUCUACAGCCUGCAUGCUGCGGAGCGCAGCUGCUUACUGCGAGAGCUGCAGAACUUCGAGUCCAUCGCCAUCGCUCAGGAGAGCGCCCCGUUUAGGAGAGGGUUCAGCAGAGACAAGGUUCCAGCCGAAGUGACCGAGGAGAAACUGGAGUCGUCUCCACCCAGUACCAGUCAACUGAGAUACGUGCUCCUUCACAACGCCAUCCCGUUCGUCGGCUUCGGCUUCCUGGACAACGCCAUCAUGAUCGCCGCAGGAACCCAGAUCGAGCUGUCCAUCGGCGUGACCUUCGGGAUAUCAACCAUGGCAGCGGCGGCGUUGGGAAACUUGGUUUCUGACCUGGCUGGACUUGGGCUAGCGGGUUAUGUGGAGGCUCUAGCUGCCCGGUUGGGGAUGCAGAUUCCCGAUCUUACACCAAAACAGGUUGACAUGUGGCAGACCAGACUCAGCUCACACAUGGGGAAGGCGAUCGGCGUCACCAUCGGCUGCCUGCUCGGGAUGUUCCCGCUCUUCUUCCUCGGCGAUGAAGACGAGGAGGAGAAACAGAGUGCGGCAGUAACUCCACUCGCAGACCCCAAAUAACUGUUCUACACAUCGCCCACACACCACCACCGCACAGCAACACUAAUAGAGCCUAAUACUAGAGUCUACUCAUUCUCUCAAACAGGAAGUGCCAUUCACGCUUUGUCUUCGGCAAAAUAAUGAACUAGUCUGAAGAUUCCUUUUAGUUUUGUACUGGAGCCACGAGGCGAGCCUAGCUAACACGUACCGUCCACACGCUCGCGUUUCUUAAAGCCGCGAGAUCAUUCUUUAAUUAGACAGACCGUCAUAACAAAUUAAUGUUCAGAGUGGAACUCCGUACAGUCCCGGAAGGUUCCGACUUAAUCCGCUUUUCCAAGAUGGCCGACUAAUAACACUACGCUUCUCAGCUACACGGCGAGCUUCUGGUCGUGUAUAGUAAGUCACACUGCGUCCUAAACCGCAUCAGCACGUGUGUGUGAGACAUCAGUAUGGAUGCGGUUUGAGGAAGAUAUUUAUAGCAAAAGAGGAAAAAAAUGUUUGUUUGUUUUUUUUGCUAUGCGACAGGAGGAUUGUCCCAUUUCCCACCAAAAAUACCCUGAAAAAAACCCAACAUGCCCUUUCAAACAGGACCGCCCUCUGGGAGAACCGCAGCGUCUCAUUGAUAUACUUGGAUCCUGGGUGGACGUUAGCAAUGAUGCACGUGUAGCAUUGCCUCUAAGAGAGUCCCUGAGCAGGAAGGUGAGUUUGGAGUUACGGAAGCAGAUGUGCUUUCUGUUCACAUUCUCCACCAGAGCCUCGACCACCUGACCUUGGCACAUCAAAGAGAAGUCGGUGCUGUUCCCCUCCUUCAGGCGUGAUCCUUCAGUAUGUGUGUCUUUACGCCAGAUCUACCAGGUUGAGUUGAGACGUUCUGAUGUUCACCACUUCCUAUCCCGUCUCCUUGGAGGAGGGGAAUCGCUGAGGUGCUGCCCACGAGGUCAAAGAUCUGCCCGUUGCAGAUCUCGAUGACGGAGCAUUUACACUGGAAGCUCCUUGCUCCUUCAGACUUCUCCGCCACACUGCUUAUGAGGUAGAACAAAUGCUCAAUGCUACGAGGAAUAACACCACGCCGGUCAUCGGAGAAAUCCGUCGGCUCGUUCGGCCCCGGCACGGUAAAGGUCUUCCCUGAACCCGCCUGGGUCCGGGAUUCUUCUCCUCGUCCUCUUCUUCUUCUUCUCCGUGCGGGUGUGAGUUAUCGUUCCUCGGUGAUCCGGACAUUAGCGAACUGAGCUCCGAGAGUCGAACACUGCGCGAUCUGUUCCGCCCCCACCGCCUGGUUCAUACUGAUACACUUUAUUUUGGUCCAAACGGGCCAGAACAAAAAACUAACACUAGCAACGCUUUCUGCGCCUCGCUUCGACUUGUCACGCUCGCGAUAACGUCACUCGGGUGUGCCACUUCUUGGUUACACGACGUUAGCCUCGUAGCUGUAGUGCACAACUAAAGGAACAAGCUUCAUACAUAGAACAUGUCUUGGCUGAUGUUUAUUAUUAUUAUUAUUAUUAUUAUUUUUGUUGUUUUUUAAUGCUGAAUUAUUCCUGAAAAGUUCAAAUGGUUGUAACGAUGUACUUUUAGUGUUUUAAGGUAUAGAUUUGCCGCAGAGAGGAGCGUAAGACUGGAGAUUGUCUCAGACUGGAGGGAUUGAUGACUAUUAUAUUAUACAUAAGGUGCCAGCUUCUACGCUUUAGCCGUAGCAUUUACGACAAAAUUACGACCCCUUGCUUCUCCAGACUACAGAACUGCACUUUUUUUUUUUUUUUUUUUUUUUUUAGAUGCAGUACUGUCAAAGUCUUAGGCAUCCGAACUUUGCAUUGUUGAGUCGAUUAAAAAAAAAAAAAGUUUCUUUUAAAAAUUGAAAUGGUACAGGAAUGAAAAUGUUCGUAUGGCAGUAAAGAAAGCAACGGAUUUACACUAUACGUUACUUUUUAGGCAGAAAUCAUAAUGGCGUGUGAGCGGUUUCAUCUGCCGAAAGUCUCCAGAAGAACUGCGGCAGGUUCUCAGAGAUCCUGAGGAAAAACGUACCAGCUAAAUUCCCUUAUAAACCUGCACGGAGUGUGCACGAGAUGGUUCGUUACCGAGCAAAGGGUUGUUACUGUUAAUACACACUGUCUUGGGUUUCGUUUCAUUAUUUUCGAAGGCGCCUUUGCUUUAUAGCGUUUUCUUUAAACGCGCGUAAGACUUUUGCACAGUAUUGUUAAACAACAGUCAGAACAAACAACAGAAAGGACAGUUCACUGAAGGGGAAAGGACGUGGCAGGUGAAAGAAGCGCAUUUGCUUCCGGUAGCCGUUACUUUCAGUGAUUUUAGAUAGACAGGACGGUCUCCUCUACUCCGAGGACGUCAUAUCGACGUAGCGGCUCACGGCACCAACUGUACACAGCAGCACUUUAUAACGCUGACUAUACAGUUCAGUUCAAUUCAAUUUUAUUUGUAUAGCGCUUUUAACAACGGACAUUGUCACAAAGCAGCUUUAUGGAAAUAUAUAAAUUGCGGAUUUAAAUGUUGAAUGUAUAAGUUUUAUCCCUAAUGAGCGAGCCAGGGGCUGAGGGUAAGGGAAAACUCCCUGAGACGACACUAUUUCGAAGAGGAAAACAUACACCACUCAUCACACUUGGCUAGAUUGUUGCGUCCAUGUUUGUCCCCACUUUGUACAUAACGUGAUUCUGAGUUCCCUCUUCCGAGCUGUGUCGGAUGCCGCAUCGGAUCAGGUGAACGUCGAUGUGUAAAUUCAAGCCUCGGACUUGAGAGCCAAUAGAAACCAAGAAGCCAGGGCUGUGCUCUGAUUGCCCGGUUAAAAAAAAAAAAAAAUGGUGGCGCUGCGAACGAUUAAAGUCCCCGUGAAAUCAAAAUGGAAGUUUUGUGGCUUUCUCAGAACGUAUAUGUUAGUCUUAAGGUUAUCUAUAAGCUAGUGCGCUCCGAAACGAUGACAAAACGCGCAGAAGACUUACAGUCUCUCUCUCUCUCUACCACCGAUACGGCUCAACGAUUUUGAUGACGUCAUUCUGCACUUUCUCCAGUUCUCCAAUCAAAUGCUCUGUAGAAUCUGAAGUGUCCCGCCCCGUCGUUAUAAAAAUCACCACGCCUAAAAGCUGUAGGCUGUUUUAAAAAGGGCGAGGGGCCACUCGAUAUGUCUCGCCCUGACUUCCUGUUUCAGUAGAAAUGACCUCAACACUUCAAAUAACCCAGCAUGCUUCAAGGCACUUCACCGGGACUUUAAGUAGCGUCCACACCAGACGAUAGCCUUCUCGUCCACCGACAUGUCCUAGGGUGUGUUUGUUUUUUUUUCUUUUUGGGUCUCUGUAUGCUGGAAUUUUCUAGUUAGCAAUUUUGGCACCUCUUUAAUCCUAGUCUUUUUUUUUUUUUUUUAAAUCUCUUUAUUUAAAUACAGAUACUGGUUCAUUUCAUAUCGUUUUCUAUAUAAACAGCUACCGUGGAUAUGAAGUCUCUGUACGUUUACGCAAAGGUUUGCGUCGAGAAGGAGAUGAGGACGUAGUAAGAUGUUUUACACGGUGAUUUGGAUCUCUGAGAUUUGAUCUCUUGAUCUUUCCGUGCUCGUCUCUGCCGAGUGAGCGGCAGUGCUGCGGGUUUUCGAAACUGGUGCUCACUACCUAAGUGGCUUCACCUGAACGUGAAGUUCAGCCUUACUUCUAUUACGAUCCUAAAGUAUUUAGUUCCUCGUCGAAUAUCUACAGUAGUAUGAAUGGGAGGAACCUCGUUAUUGAGAACGCGCAUUACGCGUGAAAGCAUUGCUUUUACUGAAGGACAGGGCGUUUCAUACCGAACCACGACGUGCUUACGGGCGCUCUGCGGCCGACGAACGCCGGGUUUGUCGUCACAGAAGUUCAGUCACGUUAAUCUCACGCGCUCUCUGCCGUCUGUGGGGUGAAUUGGAAUCGCAAUGAAAACAUUAACAAGCCGUAACUAACUUUUUGGCCCCGCCCUCUAUGUUGAAACUAUAUCCAGUAUGUGUUGCUUUCUAGCUGGGGGGGUGGGGCUAAUUUCUGGGCCUGAAAAAUGAAGCUAGAAAUAAGGAAAUUAGUUUUUAAAAUUUUUUUGUUGUUGUUAUAGAUUUAGAAACACUUCUACCACUCCUUUAAUCAAAGUUCUCAUAAGUCUGGAAGGUUGUCCCUCAUGUAAGCACGAAGGAUGUCAUCUCAUUAGUUUUUAUGUAUGUUUUUUAUUUUUAAUUUUUUUAAAUGUGUGUGUGUGUUUGAUAUCAACAUUAAUGUUUGUGUAUUUUUAUCAAGUGCUGCAUGCUAUAGAAGCUGCCUUCUCCUGCACAGAUGAUCCCCGAUCAUAAAAAAAAAACUAGAUCCUACUGGAAAGAGGAAAGCGUUCGGGUUUAUCCGGGUUUGGAAACAAAGGGGGGAAAUCUGCUAAGCUUUUCAUUUCUGUGGAUGACGGCUGGAGAAUCAGGAUGAAUUCGAUUUGUGCCUUAUUGACGUGUGACAUGUUUUUAUAUUUAUAUAUUUGAUCACAUGGAGUAUGUACAUCUGAUCGAGCAUACUAACAUGCUAAAAAAAAAUCUCUGAGGUUGAAUAAAUCUCGGGAUUACGAGAGAA